AUGUUGUUUGACCAGAGAAUUCUUCAAAAUGCUAGCAACGUCUGCAAUCACUUACUCAGCUUAGGGCCUUAUGCUAAUGAAGAUACGCCUGUGACUAAAACAUUUUGCGCAAGCAUCAGAAAUAUAGAACUGUAUUCGAAUUCGUCUAAAGCCUCGAGAGAGAAUGGCGAUAUUUAUUACUAUUUGCCUUUAAAUAGUAUUGUCAAGGCUAUAAGAAUUCAAUAUUAUCACAAUUAUAAAAUAUAUCCUUUUGAAUGUGAGAAUAUUGACGAAAUAAAAAUUAAAAUCAACAAAAUUAUAAAUCCUGAAAGGAGUAUUAGAGUUGGUGAUUGGUCAAUCAAUCAACAUUUUCAAAUGUUAAAUGAUCAUAUUGCGGUAUGUAUUAUACAUGUCUCAGUCCAAAUUCAAUUCGGCCGGCGAUUGAGCUCUAAAACCCCAAAUUUUGUUGUUGCAAAGUUGGAGUUGGAUUCCGAACAUUUAUUCAUGUUCGGGAAAUAA